GGUCCUCGUUUUCUUUUGGGAGAAGAAGGUGCCGGUGUUAACCAGGCGCGUACCGCGAUGCCGUUCCCGGCCAGCCACCCCUGCGCCCUCGGUGGAGAUGACGGCAGUGCUUGAAGGCGAUGCUUUUCGCCGGGACUGCGUGGCUGGCGAGAUGGUAACGCCGAGGCGGGGAGCAGCUUCACAGCUCACUGCCCUCACCGGAGCCACCGCCUGAGCAGCGCUGUGCCCCAGCCGGGCGCCCGCAGCCUCCUGCCUCGCGUGGGGAGCAGCACGCCCGCUCCGGGGCUCCUCGGGGACCCGCCGCCCGCCGGCUUCCCUGCCGGCUUCCCUGCCGGCUUUCCUGCCGGCUUCCCUGCCGGCUUCCCUGCCGGCUUCCCUGCGCCAUCCUCGGGCGGCCCGUCCCGCGCACACGUGCCUGGCCAAGUGCCAAGAUCACAGUCAGAAGGGAGUCAUCCCAUGAAGAUUUGUUCAUGCAGCUAAGCUAACUUUCAUGGAUAAAGUUCAAAAAGAAAAGGGAAUGAAUACUGUGUACCCAGACAGCAAUAAACCUUCAGCUGCUGACCACUGACAGAAAUCUAUAGACUACCACUUUGGGAAACCUCAGCUUUAAACUCUAAAUGAGUCAACAUUUGUAUAGGUCGAGAGCUCUGUGAAGUACAGUGCUGGAAAAGGAAGACAUGCACACGCUUGGAAAAUGCUGAGCUGCUUGUGAAGCUAGAGACACUGCAUGUUUAUGACUUGGUUUUCUAAGCAAUCUCCAGAGCUUGAACGGAUUUACAGUGAUAUUUUAACAAGGCUGCUGGCAUCCAUCACUAGCUUUCACUUACUGAGAAAGCUAAAAGAUGGAAGAAUGUAAUUAUUUCCUCAUAAGCUAAGUGCUAGUGGCUGAUUGUCACGAGAACUUUGAUGCUUUAAACUUCUUCAUCUUCUGAAGGCAAACAGUCCCUCUGAUGACACCGCGAAUCUGGGAAUGAAGAACUUCUUAGAGCUGAUUGGAAAUGGCAUUGCGGAGCUGAAACUUAACUGGAGGAAAUCUAUCUCCUGAAGAAGAAAAUAUAAUGCACUGUAAGGAUCUGUCUUCUGGUGAAAAAUUCAAGCCUAGAGAAAACUUGUCCGCUUUGUUAGGAAGAAUGGGUUGGACAAUUUUCUUCAAUUCCAAAGGAUAUCUGAAUGCCAUGCUGAGCUUAAUCUCUGCAGCAUGCUCUGUGCUUCUCAUCUCUUCCUGAUGCACUGCAUGGUUAUUCUGAAGGGGAGGAUAAAGAAACUGGCCACCAAGAUGGUAAUCACAAGUGGAAAUGAAGAAGAUAAAGGCAGUCAAGAAAAGGAAAGCAAAGAAGAAACCAUCUUGGCAAUGCUUGGAAUUAUUGGGACAAUUCUGAACCUCAUUGUGAUCAUUUUUGUGUAUAUUUAUACAACGUUGUAAACUAGAAGGCAUGCAACUAGACCAGAUAAAACGGCCAUUAAGAGUGACAACAAACACUGUUGACUAUUGACAAGUUCUUUAAUCAGAAUUGACUCUGUAUUAUAUUAACACAUCAUAAAACACUGCCUGAAGGCAGCAAAGACUGAAGCACAAUUAAUUUAACAAGACUUUUUCACACAGUAAUAAGCUUAACUCUUCUCUCCUGCCCUCUCCCUUUCGGUUUGGUUUUCAGUUUGGGGGAGAAUGACUGCAGUUAUAUAAGUUGUAGCCCUAAAGAAAUCCACCAGGGAUAUGUUGUUUUAACACAAUAAAAACAAAUAAACAAACAAAAAACCCCAAACCAAACCAA